AUGUCCUCAGACACGGCCUUUUUCCUCCUCAAGCUCGAGAUUAAGAAUGGGGGACAGAUUGUACCAUCGCACAGGCGUACGUAUCUUUAUCCGGGGUACGUGCCUUCCUCUGACGCUUGCCAUGUGCAGCCAUUCUCAUUCAGAUCAGCGGCGCUCUUCGUCGGCGUCGGCGCAGGCAUGAUAUUUUAUUUCCAGUUCGAGAAGAAACGGUUGGAACGCAAGAGGAUCGUCGAGAUGAGCAAAGGCUACGGGAAGCCCAAGGUCGGCGGCCCGUUCGCAUUGAAGGAUGUCGAUGGCAAUGAUUUCACAGACAAAGAUUUAUUGGGCAAAUAUUCACUCAUAUAUUUCGGCUUCAGCCACUGUCCCGACAUCUGCCCCGACGAGCUUGACAAGAUGGGCGAAGCCCUCGAAAUUAUCCAAGAGAGAGCCCCAAACACAGUACGGCCGAUUUUCAUCUCGUGCGAUCCUAACCGCGACACUCCCGAUGUCCUCAAAGCAUACUUGGCCGAAUUCCACCCUGCUAUCCUCGGUUUGGUUGGUACAUGGCAACAGACCAAGGACGUGUGCAAACAAUAUCGGGUGUAUUUCUCCACGCCGCCAGAGCUGAAGCCGGGCGAAGAAGAUUACUUGGUGGACCACAGCAUAUACUUUUACGUGAUGGAUCCCGAAGGUGACUUUGUCGAGUGUAUUGGAAGGCAAGACACGCCGGAAAGUGCGGCGGCCAUUGUACUCCAGCACAUCAGGGAUUGGAGAAGAGAGAGGAAGCCGAUUGAUACGACACCGCUGCCCUACCUUGAGAAGAAAGAGGUGGCUCCUAGUGGUAACUAA